CUGGCCGCCCUGUACCUCCAUAAACCUCCUGUGUCUGCUGGUUCUUAUUUAAGCAGCUACCUGCCCUGGAGAAUCUUCCGGAUCCCGGGAUAAACAAGGACUUUUUACAAUUGUAUUCCCCAGCUAUUUAAUUUGCAUUGGACACUACAGUACCGUAACAGGGUUGUGUAAAAAGAACAAUUAAAAACCUGUGAGAGUAAGUUACUCCCAGACCCCAAACCUUAUCUGGAGCGCUGCCGGGUAUACAUCAUGACAGGCGGGUAGAUCAGGCCACACUGACCCAGUCACGUGUUAACGCGGCUGUCCUUUCAUUGGGCACACCUCCCUUUGGCCUGAGCCGAGCUGACUCCGCCCCGGAGCCUACGCGCCCAAUCGGAUUGUGGAAUUCCAACAGCGUGGGCUGGCACAUUGGGUCAGAGGUGAACGCACUGGAGUAACCCGCAUCGCACCAUCCCUGAAGUGCUCGGAGCCUGUCAGCGCAGAGAAGCCGUGAUGACAGAGCAGGAGCCCCCCGAGGUGGCUGCUCCGCAGUCCCGCUUCAUCAUCGGUUCUGUGUCCGAGGAGAACUCCGAGGAUGAGAUCCUGAGCCUGGGGAAGGAGCGCUCGCUGUCCCCCGCCUCCGUCGGCUCAGACAGCCUCUCCGACCUGGGGCUGAACCACAUCGACGGCCUGGCGCAGAACAUGAGGCCCAGCAUGUCGGGGUUGCACCUGGUGAAGCAGGGCCGGGAGCGCAGGAGGAUGGACCUGCAGAGGGACUUCACUGUGGCCUCACCCGCUGAGUUCGUCACUCGCUUUGGGGGCAACAAGGUCAUUGAGAAGGUUCUUAUUGCCAAUAACGGGAUCGCGGCAGUGAAAUGCAUGCGCUCGAUCCGGAGGUGGGCGUACGAGAUGUUUAGGAAUGAGCGCGCCAUUCGAUUCGUUGUCAUGGUAACCCCUGAAGACCUGAAGGCCAAUGCAGAGUAUAUUAAAAUGGCAGACCACUAUGUUCCUGUGCCGGGAGGAACGAACAACAAUAACUACGCCAACGUGGAGCUGAUCCUGGACAUCGCCAAGCGCAUCCCAGUGCAGGCUGUGUGGGCGGGCUGGGGCCACGCGUCUGAGAACCCCAAACUCCCCGAGCUGCUGCACAAGAACAGCAUCGCCUUCCUGGGGCCCCCCAGCCAGGCGAUGUGGGCUCUGGGUGAUAAGAUCGCCUCCUCCAUCGUGGCGCAGACCGCUGGGAUCCCCACACUGCCCUGGAGUGGAUCUGGGCUGACGGUGGAAUGGACUGAGAGUGAUCAGAGGAGGAGAGUGAUUAGCGUGGCUCCGGAGGUCUAUGAGCAGGGCUGCGUGCGAGACGAGGCGGAGGGGCUGCAGGCUGCUGAGAAGGUGGGCUACCCAGUGAUGAUCAAGGCUUCGGAGGGCGGAGGAGGGAAGGGGAUCCGGAAGGUGAACAGCGUAGACGACUUCCCCAACCUCUUCAGACAGGUCCAGACCGAAGUCCCCGGCUCGCCCAUCUUCAUCAUGCAGCUGGCGAAACACGCGCGGCACCUGGAGGUGCAGAUCCUGGCUGACCAGUAUGGCAAUGCCAUCUCCCUGUUCGGCCGUGACUGCUCCGUGCAGCGCAGGCACCAGAAGAUCAUCGAGGAGGCUCCUGCCACCAUCGCCCCCCACUUCGUGUUUGAGGAAAUGGAGCAGUGUGCCGUGAAGCUGGCGAAGAUGGUUGGCUAUGUGAGUGCCGGCACAGUGGAGUACCUGUACAGCCAGGACGGCAGCUUCUACUUCCUGGAGCUCAACCCCCGGCUGCAGGUGGAGCACCCCUGCACAGAGAUGGUGGCUGACGUGAACCUGCCCUCCGCACAGCUGCAGAUUGCCAUGGGGAUUCCUCUGCACAGGAUCAAGGAUAUCCGAGUGAUGUAUGGGGUGCUGCCCUGGGGAGAAUCACCCAUCGACUUCGAGGGCCUGUCCACCGCCCCUUCCCCGCGAGGUCACGUGAUCGCCGCUCGCAUCACCAGCGAGAACCCUGACGAGGGUUUCAAGCCCAGCUCAGGCACAGUGCAGGAGCUGAACUUCCGCAGCAGUAAGAACGUCUGGGGCUACUUCAGUGUGGCGGCGGCGGGGGGGCUGCACGAGUUUGCCGACUCCCAGUUUGGACACUGCUUCUCCUGGGGGGAGAACCGCGAAGAGGCCAUCUCUAACAUGGUGGUUGCUCUGAAGGAGCUGUCGAUUCGAGGAGAUUUCAGGACCACCGUGGAGUAUCUCACCAAGCUGCUGGAGACAGAGUGUUUCCAACAAAACAGCAUCGACACGGGCUGGCUGGACAAGCUCAUCUCAGAGAAAGUACAGGCGGAGAGGCCAGACACCAUGCUGGGCAUCGUGUGCGGGGCUCUGCACGUGGCCGACGUCACCCUGCGGAACAGCGUCUCCAACUUCCUGCACUCUCUGGAAAGGGGACAGGUCCUCCCGGCUCAUACCCUGCUGAACACGGUGGACGUGGAGCUGAUCUACGAAGCUGUAAAAUACGCCCUCAAGGUGACCCGACAGUCUCCCAACUCCUACGUGGUGAUCAUGAACUGCUCGUGCGUGGAGGUGGACGUUCACAGGCUGAGUGACGGGGGGCUGCUUCUCUCCUACGAUGGCAGCAGCUACACAACCUACAUGAAGGAGGAGGUGGACAGGUACCGCAUCACCAUUGGGAACAAGACGUGCGUGUUUGAGAAGGAGAACGACCCGUCUCUGCUGCGCUCUCCCUCCGCGGGGAAGCUGAUUCAGUACACUGUGGAGGACGGGGGCCACGUCUUCUCAGGGCAGUGCUACGCUGAGAUCGAGGUAAUGAAGAUGGUGAUGACUCUCACUGCGGGCGAGUCUGGCUGCAUUCACUAUGUGAAGAGAGCCGGGGCAGUGCUGGAGCCGGGCUGUGUCAUUGCGAAGCUGCAGCUUGAUGAUCCCAGCAGGGUUCAGCAGGCGGAACUGUACACUGGCAAGCUGCCCCUGAUCCAGGCCAUGUCUCUGCACGGAGAGAAGUUGCACCGUGUCUUCCACAGCGUGCUGGACCACCUGGUAAACGUGAUGAACGGAUACUGCCUGCCUGAGCCCUUCUUCAGCACCAAGGGAUUCCUCCUGUGUCCUCAGGUGAAGGAGUGGGUGGAGAGGCUGAUGAAGACCCUGCGGGACCCCUCCCUGCCCCUGCUGGAGCUGCAGGACAUCAUGACUAGUGUGUCGGUGCGCAUCCCCAUCGCCGUGGAGAAGGCCAUCAAGAAGGAGAUGGCUCAGUAUGCCAGCAACAUCACCUCCGUGCUCUGCCAGUUCCCCAGCCAGCAGAUUGCUAACAUCCUGGACAGCCACGCAGCCACGCUGAACCGCAAGUCCGAGAGGGAGGUUUUCUUCAUGAACACGCAGAGCAUAGUGCAGCUGGUACAGAAGUACCGCAGUGGAAUCAGGGGCCACAUGAAGGCGGUGGUCAUGGAUCUACUCCGGCAGUACCUCAAAGUGGAGAUUCAGUUCCAGAACGGCCACUAUGAUAAGUGCGUGUUCGCGCUGCGCGAGGAGAACAAGGAAGACAUGGUCAACGUGCUCAACUACAUCUUCUCACACGCCCAGGUCACCAAGAAGAACCUGCUGGUCACCAUGCUGAUUGACCAGCUCUGCGGGCGCGACCCCACCCUGACCGACGAGCUGAUGACCAUCCUGACGGAGCUCACCCAACUCAGCAAGACCACCAACGCCAAGGUGGCCCUGCGAGCGCGCCAGGUGUUAAUCGCUUCGCACCUGCCUUCCUAUGAGCUUCGGCACAACCAGGUGGAGUCCAUCUUCCUGUCUGCCAUCGACAUGUACGGGCACCAGUUCUGCAUCGAGAAUCUGCAGAAACUCAUCCUGUCCGAGACGUCCAUCUUUGACGUGCUUCCGAACUUCUUCUAUCACAGCAACCAGGUGGUGAGGAUGGCUGCUCUUGAGGUGUACGUGCGCAGAGCUUACAUCGCGUACGAGCUGAACAGUGUGCAGCACAGGCAGCUCAGAGACAGCACCUGUGUGGUGGAGUUCCAGUUCAUGCUCCCCAGUUCUCAUCCCAACAGAGGGAACAUCCCCACUCUUAACAGGAUGUCAUUUGCGUCGAACCUGAACCACUACGGGAUGCUGCAUGUGGCGAGCGUGAGCGAUGUGCUGCUGGACACAUCCUUCACCCCGCCCUGCCAGCGCAUGGGGGCCAUGGUCUCCUUCCGCUCCUUCGACGACUUCAUGAGAAACUUUGAUGACGUGAUGAACUGCUUCUACGGAUCCCCACCUCCCAGCCCCACAUUCCCGGAGCCCGGCCACUCUGCCCUGUACUGUGAGGAGAACAGCAAGAGCGCCCAAGAUGAGUCCAUUCACAUCCUGAAUGUGGCCAUUAAGACAGACAGUGAUAUUGAGGAUGAUGCACUGGCUGCCAUGUUUAAACAGUUCACUCAAUCAAAGAAAUCUCUAUUGAUUGACAAUGGGAUUCGUAGACUCACCUUCCUGGUUGCUCAAAAGGAUUUCAGAAAGCAGGUCAACUGUGAGGUGGAUCAGAGAUUCCACAGAGAAUUCCCCAAGUUCUUCACGUUCCGUGCCCGGGACAAGUUCGAGGAGGAUCGGAUCUACAGACACCUGGAGCCCGCCCUGGCCUUCCAGCUGGAGCUGAACCGCAUGAGGAACUUCGAGCUCACCGCCAUCCCCUGCGCCAACCACAAGAUGCACCUGUACCUGGGAGCGGCCCGGGUGGAGGUGGGCAUCGAGGUCACGGACUACCGCUUCUUCGUGCGAGCCAUCAUCCGCCACUCUGACCUGGUCACCAAGGAGGCAUCGUUCGAGUACUUGCAGAACGAGGGCGAGCGGCUGCUGCUGGAGGCCAUGGACGAGCUGGAGGUGGCAUUCAACAACACCAACGUGCGCACCGACUGCAACCACAUCUUCCUGAACUUCGUCCCCACAGUCAUCAUGGACCCCUCCAAGAUCGAGGAGUCGGUGCGCUCCAUGGUGAUGCGCUACGGCAGUCGUCUCUGGAAGCUGCGGGUCCUUCAGGCUGAGCUGAAGAUCAACAUCCGGCUGACCCCCACCGGCAAGGCCAUCCCCAUCCGCCUGUUCCUGACCAACGAGUCGGGCUACUACCUGGACAUCAGCCUGUACAAGGAAGUGACCGACUCUCUCACUGGACAGCUGGGCCACUCCGACCGACAGGUGAGGCCCCGAGCACAGAUCAUGUUCCAGGCAUAUGGAGACAAGCAGGGCCCUCUCCACGGCAUGCUAAUCAACACACCCUACGUCACCAAGGACCUGCUGCAGUCCAAGCGCUUCCAGGCACAGUCCCUCGGCACCACCUACGUCUACGACUUCCCGGAGAUGUUCAGACAGUCUUUGCUGAAGCUCUGGGAGUCUGCUGAUGCCUACACCCAUCUUCCCAAGUGCCCUCUGCCCUCUGACCUCCUGACCUACACAGAGUUGGUGCUGGACCCCCAGGGACAAAUGGUCCAGAUGAACCGGCUGCCCGGAGGAAACGAGAUCGGCAUGGUGGCCUGGAAGCUGACCCUGAAGACUCCGGAAUACCCGACGGGGCGUGACAUCAUCGUGAUCAGCAACGACAUCACCCACAAGAUCGGCUCGUUCGGGCCGCAGGAGGACUUCCUGUUCCAGCAGGCCUCGGAGCUGUCCAGGACCAGCGGGAUCCCACGGAUCUACAUCGCGGCCAACAGCGGGGCGCGCAUCGGCCUGGCCGAGGAGAUCCGACACAUGUUCCACGUGGCCUGGCAGGACCCCAGCGACCCCUACAAGGGAUUCAAGUACCUGUACCUGACCCCUCAGGACUAUAAGAAGGUGUCUGCCCUCAACUCUGUGCACUGCGAGCACGUGGAGGAGGGAGGAGAAUCCAGGUACAAGAUCACAGACAUCAUCGGUAAGGAGGAAGGGCUGGGGGUGGAGAACCUGCGGGGCUCAGGGAUGAUCGCGGGGGAGUCUUCGCUGGCCUACGAGGAGAUCAUCACCAUGAACCUGGUGACGUGCCGUGCCAUUGGUAUUGGAGCCUACCUGGUGAGACUGGGACAGCGAACCAUACAGGUGGAGAACUCCCACAUCAUCCUGACUGGGGCCGGGGCUCUCAACAAGGUCCUGGGUCGGGAGGUCUACACAUCGAACAAUCAGCUGGGAGGCAUUCAGAUCAUGCACAACAACGGAGUGACACACAGCACAGUGUGCGACGACUUUGAGGGGGUCUACACUCUCCUGCAGUGGCUCUCCUACAUGCCCAAGUGUAACUCCAGUCCAGUGCCCAUCCUGAGCCCCAAGGACCCCAUCGACAGACCGGUCGACUUCGUUCCCACCAAGGCCCCCUAUGACCCUCGCUGGAUGCUGUCCGGGCGCCCUCACCAAAGUCAGAAAGGCCAGUGGCUCAGUGGCUUCUUUGACCACGGCUCAUUCCUGGAGAUCAUGCAGCCGUGGGCACAGACCGUGGUUGUGGGCAGAGCCAGGCUAGGUGGAAUACCUACUGGAGUGGUUGCCGUGGAAACCAGAUCGGUGGAAUUAUCAAUCCCAGCAGACCCUGCAAACCUGGACUCUGAGGCGAAGGUUAUCCAGCAGGCGGGGCAGGUGUGGUUCCCAGACUCCGCCUUCAAGACCGCCCAGGCCAUCAAGGACCUGAACCGGGAGGGGCUGCCACUCAUGGUCUUUGCCAACUGGAGGGGCUUCUCCGGGGGCAUGAAGGACAUGUACGACCAGGUGCUGAAGUUCGGAGCCUACAUCGUGGACGGUCUGCGGGAGUACAGGCAGCCGGUCCUGGUCUACAUCCCCCCACAAGCAGAGCUCAGGGGGGGGUCCUGGGUGGUCAUCGACCCCACCAUCAACCCCCGGCACAUGGAGAUGUACGCCGACAGAGACAGCAGGGGCGGAGUGCUGGAACCAGAGGGCACGGUAGAGAUUAAAUUCAGGAAGAAGGACCUGGUGAAGACAAUGAGGAGGGUGGACCCAGUGUACAGCAAGCUGGCAGAGCGCCUGGGCACUCCUGAGCUGAGCGUCACCGAGCACAAGGAGCUGGAAGCCAAGCUGAAGGAGCGCGAGGAGUUCCUGCUGCCCAUCUACCACCAGGUGGCAGUGCAGUUCGCCGACCUCCACGACACGCCGGGCCGCAUGCAAGAGAAGGGCGUCAUCACGGACAUCCUGGAGUGGCGGACGUCACGGCAGUUCUUCUACUGGCGGCUGCGGAGGCUGCUCCUGGAGGACACGGUGCACAAGAAGAUCCAGAGCGCCAACGCGGAGCUGACCGACGGGCAGAUCCAGGCCAUGCUUCGCCGCUGGUUCGUGGAGGCCGAGGGCGCGGUCAAGGCGUACCUCUGGGACAACAACGAGGAUGUGGUGGAGUGGCUGGAGAAGCAGCUGGCUGAAGAGGAGGGAGCGCGCUCGGUCAUCGACGAGAACAUCAAGUACAUCAGCAGAGACUACAUCCUGAAGCAGAUCCGCAGCCUGGUCCAAGCCAAUCCUGAAGUUGCCAUGGACUCCAUCGUCCACAUGACUCAGCACAUCUCCCCCACGCAGAGGACAGAGAUCGUCCGCAUUCUCUCCACCAUGGACACGCCCAUGGACACGCCCCCCUCCACAUAGCCCCGCCUCCCAGCCUGGAGCGCUCCGCUGUGCACUGGGCUGAAGACGAGACCGGCUCCCUGUGACAUCCAGAGGGGGUUCAGAGAGAGGAUCGAGGUGUAUCGUGCAUAGGAGGUUGUGAAACCGCAGGCCAUUGUGGCUCCAACACAGAGCGAGCGUCACGCGUUAAACUCUCUCUCAUGUCGAGCCAACAUGGCGCCUGCUUGAUGUAGUUUCAUAACCGUCUUUUACUUUAUACAGGAAAGAGCGCACAAAGAGAUGUGACCGUUCACUCACGAGAUCAUGGGUACAACUUCUUAAUUAUUUAUCAUUUUAAAAAUCGGUCAUAUUUCAUUAACAGACAAAAAGUCAGUUUAAAAAAAAAAAAAAAAUAUGUAUAUAUGGUUUAUGCAAAAGCAUAAUAACUAGCGAUCAUUUAAAAGGAGACCAAUAGAGAAUGAUUAAAGUUCAUCUAAGCAACAUUUCUCUUCUUGAUAGUGUACCAAACAGGUAACGGAUACCUGAAAACACUCUCCAUCCCCCUGAAUCAAAAAAACCCAUGAACAGAAACUUGAGAGGGCGCUGAAUCGAUGCUUUCUGUCAGUGUACAGUGAUACUAGUUAACUAACUAACUUGCUAAGGUACAGGGAUUCUAUAUAAAGACAUGGGGCACACUAAACCAGCCCUCUCUUUCUGUUGUAAUCUGUGCUUGAAUUGCUCAUCAAACGCAGCAGGUGUGAACGGGACGUAGAUAUCAAAGGAAAGACCGGAACGAGCUCCCGAUCGCUCAAGAGGUUCCGAUUCCAAUGGGAAGCUUUCAUGGAGACCCGGGGUCAACGUAGGACACGCACACAUGAAAGACAGCGCGAGGCGAGCCAGCGGCCGGCACUUUGAUAAGACAAUGAAAGACACUCGAUGCCAUCAAGGUUUAAUACAGAGAAUCCUGGAAAUGGUAAUGCGGGCGCCUUGAAAAUACUCAACAAACCCCGCAGCGCGCUGCUUCCCAAGAAGAGAAAUCACCGACAGGAUUAUUUCAUGUGCUUGAGCCUUGUUUUAAAGGGCCAGAAGUAGAGGUUUUCUGGACUCGUCUUUUACAGUAUAGGAGAAACACCUGCAAAGGUUAUUAAACCUUGUCGUUGCAAAUCAGCUCAAUAUGCAAACAUGCAUAUGCAUUUGUUGUUUUUCAGGGGGAUCUUUUCAGUUUGUGUUGAUGUUUAACUAUGUAAUAGAAGACCCAUCUAGUGUAGUGUCACUGUGCCAUUGUUUUUAUCCCCCAUCCCUUUACCAAUCAUGUCUGUAUCUCUGUCUGAAGUCACAACAUUCCAAAUAAGAAGUGAUUUACACAGCGUGGCCGAUUCUGGACUAAAUGUAACAGUACACUAGAACAUGCAGUCUUAAUACUGACUUGAUGCCCUGUUAGAUAUACGGGGAACACUAACAUUAACUGAAAUAUAUAUACUAGCAUUGAGAUUGUAUUCUGUCAAAAAAAAAAAAAAAAAAAACACAACAACCACCAUCAAAUAGCUGCAUGUCACUGUAUAGAUUAUUUUAAUUUGACGCUUUUUAAAAUUAUUAUAAAGAGAUUGGUGUAGCUAACGCAGAUUAUACCCAGUAACACACAAAGGUCAAAUAUGCUUCUUUUUUUACUUGUUAAAAAGUCCCGAAUGAGUUUGUAAAUUAAGUCGUGUUUGUUUGUUACUGUCUGCUUUCCGCUGUUCUCUCUGUGUAGAAACAGCUUGUUCAGAAGUUACUGUGGCAAUUCAGUGACCUCAUAAUGUCCUGUUAAUAAACAUCAAGUACUGGAAA